UGUGAUUUUCUUCUUCUAAAUGUUGACAACCACUCAUCCAACUUUCACACUGUGUUCACGUGGGAAAGAAAAGAAGGGGAGGAAAAGAAAAGGAGGGAAAGCACCAUCUCCAAGAAACUUUCCACAGUUUCCAAAUUAGUAAUAGUGACAAGGUGAAAGAAAGUGGGUGGACAGGUUAUUGUGUAACCCAACCCUCUUUUUUUAGAGAAAACAACAAUUAACCAGCAAAAUUCUUAUUUAUUUAUUUAUUUAUUUAUUUGCCCUCUCUCCUCUCUCCUCACUUUUCUCUACUAUCUUCUUCUUGUUCCCCUAGGAUAGAGAAGACGAUCCAGUGUAGUGAGAAAACAGAGUCUUUUGUUCUUCUUUGUCCUUCCCAGAUCUCGUUUGUCUUCUUUCUCCCAUUGCACAAAUAAUGACAAUAAUAAAGCUAUAUUUCCUUUACCUCACAUAAUCUAUCCUACCUUCCAUUCCAUUCUUCCAAAAUCUACCAUCUCCCCACAGUACACGCAUCUUCGAUUGUCUUCUUUCUCCCCACAGAUCUUCGUUUUUCAUUCUCACAUAUCGGCCUCCUUUCUUCAUUUUCUAUGGGUAAUUUCGAUUUGUAAUCUGUUUUUCUUUGUCGAUUUUCUUCCCCGAUCAAAACUUCUUAUUUAUUCCUUUCCCCCCAAAUCAGAGAACAAGGGUUCAUCGUGGUUGCUACUGGACUUUCGUUUUUCUUUCCCAAACCAGAACUAUCCCAUAGCCUGCUUCCUUCUUCUUUGGCCAGCCACUGAAAAUCAGAGUAUUCUCCGUUGUCCAUGGUAAGAAAAUCUACCCCAAAUUUCAUCAUAUUCUCUUCUCCCCCAAAUCAUAAAAGCUAGGGUAUAUAAACUAUUGAUUUUUUUCUUUAUUACAGAUUGUUGCUUUUGCUGCGGGGGGCCUCUGAUUUUUCUUCUCUCUCGGUCGUUCUGGGCUUCUAGGAGAUUUUCGAUAGCUUGAGGACUGGGGACAAUAGUGUUCGUUGUUGACGCCGCGAGGUAUGUUGCUCUACUAAUUGUCGAAUGCAUUAUACCGCUUUGACUCAGGCUACUACUUAUGAUUGUUCUUAGUUUAGGAUAAUGAACUGAACUGCUGGAUGUUUUCAUUGUCGGCCCAUUGAUGUGGCUCUGGUUAUCCUUUGUUGAAUCUGUUUUUUUGUUGUUGUUGUUGUUGUUAUUGUUAUGACUAGAUCGUUUUGAUUCUUUGAACUCUAGUUGUUGUGCUUGUUCUUUCAUAGGUUGCUAUUUUCUAAUGUUUAAGAUGUUUCAUUGGUACUAAAACCUGCCUUUAAAAAGAGAACAUAAUGAUUUACCCAAUAAAGUCCAUCAUCUGCCGAUUAAUGUACAAAUGAUAUGAUGUGUGCGCUAAAUAAAUUUUACAACAUUAACAUAGCAACUUAAUUUUCAUUUGUAUCUUGAUUAGAUGAAUAUAGAAGUUCAAGAUUCAAAUGAGAUUGAAGAGCAUGUUACAUAUGGUUUGGAAGAGAUUUUGGAUUUGCAUGGAACAGAACAAGAUAGUUUGAUAAUAGUCAUGGAAAAUUGGCGAAGACAAAGAGAUAUGUGUGUCAUACAACUUAUCUGCUAUAUUGUCUAUGCAUUGCAUCUAUUAAAUAGACAAGCCUCGAAUGGAUCUUCAGGGUUGAGUUUUCAAGUGAGAGAGGAGAAAAGAAGAGAUUUUUUGAAAGAAUUACAUGACCAUGAAGUUGCAUGUCGUGCAACAUUACGCAUGGGAGUACAAGCUUUUGCUCUUUUUUGUGAAAAAUUACGGAGUACGGGAGUGUUGCAAGAUUAUAAUCGUGCCACAGUGGAAGAGCAAGUAGCGAGAUUUUUGUCUAUUCUUGCCCACACUGGUGGCAAGUAUCGCAAUCUGGCUUUCUACUAUCGUCGAAGUAUUGGGACUGUCAGUAGGCAUUUUCAUAAUGUCUUGCGAGCUGUGAUAAGUUUAGCACCUCAAUUCAUGAAGCAACCUAAUGCAACAACGCCGGUGUCCUCCAUAAUAGGCAAUAACUCUAGAUUUUUUACGUACUUCAAGGUAAUGAUUCAUUACUUCCACUGUGUACAUAGUUCCAUAUCUUAAAGUGUCUUUCAAACCAUGUAUACUUAUAUGUCUGCAUACAUAUCUCCUCAGGAUUGCAUUGGGGAUAUUGAUGGUCGGAACUCGCGCCAGUCAAACUCGUUUUAGAGGUCGGAAAGAGUGGCCUACUCAAAAUGUUCUAGCUUCAUGCCACUUUGACUUGCAAUUCCUGUACGUUUUAGCUGGGUGGGAAGGGACUGCAUCUGAUUCAAGGAUUUUAAAAGAUGCAUUGGCUAGACCACAUGGGCUUGUAAUACUGGAAGGUAUGUCAUGUAGCAUAAUCAUUCUUGUAUGUGUUUCACCAUUACUUGCAUCAUUCAUCUUUUCAUUAAUGUUUUUUUUAAUAAUCUAUAGGGAAAUUCUAUCUUGAGGAUGGUGGGCUAAUGUUACGUGCUUCGUUAUUAACACCAUACAGACGUGUUCGGUAUCACUUAAAGGAGUAUUCACGUAAUGGUCCUAAGAAUGCUAAAGAAUUGUUCAAUCAUCGUCAUGCUAGUCUACGUAACUCGAUUGAAAGAUGUUUUGGGGUGGUGAAAAAGAGAUUUCCUAUUAUUGGCACUGGUAUGGAGCCACAAUAUUCUUUCGACACAACUACCAACAUUAUCCUAGCUUGUUGUAUCAUACAUAACUUUCUUAUGGGAGUCGACCCCGAUGAGCAGCUAAUUGCAGAAGUUGAUCGAGAGCUAGCGAGGAUCCAAAGGCAAAAUGAGCCACAAUGUGAAGAGGAAUCAAGAGUUGGGGUAGAAUUACGUGAUAGUAUAGCGGAACACAUGUGGCAUGAUUAUAAUAUACAACAAGGUUGACAUGUGUUUGUAGCUGUGUUUUUACUUUGGAGGUUUUCUGUUGAAUGAAUAUGGUGUAUAAUUUGUACAACUUUUGUUUACUCUAGAUGUUUUGUAGUACAUUAUUCCAUAUUAGAGACUUUUGUGACUUUAUUUAUGUGUGCCUUUAUUUUUCCCCAGAACUAAAGUACUUGCAAUUAUGCCUUUAUCCACUAUCUAGUUUUGAUGACUAAUAUUCAACCUUUUUUAAAGGAAGCACAAUGAGCAAACGAAGAAAAGGGAAGCAGACAAUUGUGGGGGAGACAUCCACUAAGGAGAACCUACAAUGGACAAAGGAGAUGGGCACUGCUUUGCUGGAAAGUUUACUAGCCGAGCAACGUAAGGGGAAUAGGCAAGAGCGCAUGUUCACAACUCAUGCUUAUAACAAUUGCUUUGCGUGGGCUGUUUUCGCAUAAUUUCGACAAGGAGAAAAUAAAAAAUAGGCAGAAGACAUUGAAAAAGCACUUUUCAACUGUGAAAGACUUAUUUCAUAACCUGAGUGGGUUUGCAUGGAAUCCGGUAACCAAACUUUUUGAAGCUGAACGGGAAGUAUGGAGCAACUAAUUCAGCCGAAUGCUAGUCGAUGGAUUAUGACACCCAUCAACAACUAUGAUAAACUCUUUGAGUUGUAUGGGGAGUUUAGAGCAAGCGGAGAAGGAGCUGCAAGUGCAUUUGAGAGGAUCGAACGUUGGAAUAUGAGGACUUCGGCAUUCGACAUUGAUUUGAAUAACAUGUCAGGAGAUGAUGAAGGUAUGAAUGCCUAUAUUCCUUCACCAUUUACACCUCGUGAAGGCACAAAUGCAUAUAGCUCCGAUGGUAGAUCUUUAUUUACUCCUGAUCCUCCACCAUUAGUCGACUCUCAUGGUACUACCUCUUCAAAGGGAACCAAAAGAAAGGCUCUUAUGGAAUAUCUAUCUACCAAUCAGCUUGAGGUAAUGGCUGUCAACAUGAGUAGAAUGGCAUCAAGUAUAGAGAAAGGUAAUGUGAUUGCUGAACUUUCUAUCAAGGCUAUGGAGAAAGGAAAUGAGAUUAAAGAGAGGUCUUUGGUGAUACUCGACCAUCAGAAGACUCACAUCUACAAAGAGGGCGAAAUUUUCCAAGAAUUGCAACGAUAUGAUAUUCUUGGAGAAAAGAGGUUGAAUGGCUAUAAGUAUCUUGCAAAAAAUCCAGAUACCACAAGGGUUUUAUUUGGCUUGCCAGAAGAGUAUCUGCAACAGUUCAUUGUUGAUUUGGCAAAAAAACAAACCUUUUGGCAAGUUGACUUUUGAUGUGGUCUAGUAUUAUGUAUGCCUAGUACUAACAAUUUGCCUUCUUUUGGACAAACUUAUUUAAGUAUAGUAUUAUUAGGUGACCUUCUUUUGGAUGAAUUGUACUAUGUAUGUCUAGUAUUAGUAGAUGCCUUUAUUUAGGACGGAUUUAUGUAUGUCUAGUAUUAGCAUGUGAACUAGUACUAACAUGUUGCCUUCUUUUGGACGAACUUAUGUAAGUCUAGUAUUAUCAGGCGACCUUUUAGACGGAUUGUACAAUGUAUGUCUAGUAUUAACAGAUUUUGGACAAUUUUAUGUACUUCUAGUAUUAGCAUGUAACCUUAUGUUUGGAAAACUACUAUUAUCCAGUUGUUUUUUGGACAAUUUAUAUAUGUGUGAUUUAUUGUAUGUUUAUAUAUUAGGUUGCCAUGUUCAUGACUCAAUAAAAUAGUUAACUUAUU